AUGAGAGAGUGCAUUUCGAUCCACAUCGGACAGGUCAGGAUCCAGGUCGGAAACGCCUGCUGGGAGCUCUACUGCCUCAAACACGGCAUACAACCUGAUGGGCAAAUGCUAAGCGACAAGACAGUGGGCGGCAGCGGCGAUGUGUUCAACACCUUCUUCAGCAAGACCGACGCCGGGAAGCACGUACCUCGCGCCGUCUCUGUGGAUCUGGAGCCCACCAGCAUCGACGAGGUCAGGACCGGCGCCUACCGCAAGCUAUUCCUGUAACAUCCGUUAAUUUUGGAUUUAGUAAUUUAUUGGAAAAAAGAGGAAAAAGAUAGUAGAUGAGUCGGCAAAUUAUGCAUGGUACUUGUAUAGGUGGCAAUAUGUGAGUUCAUGAAGAGAGCUUGGCGUAUCCAUAGGUCAUGUGCUCGAGUCCUCCGUCAAAGAGUGUGGCGGAGCGAGCCACGACGUCCAUAUGUCUACUAUUAUAUGUAUUUGUUUUUUGUUUUUUUCCCGUAGAUAUACACAUAUAAUAUUAUAUGUGAUUGUGUUGGCAUAAAACAUGUAACACCCCGAGUUUUUUAAUAAAUACAUAAGGUUAUAUA